AUGGCAGCCCAAACAGCCAGAUCAGGCUCUAUAUCAUACUCUCAAUAUUCACUACCCUCCCCGCAAAGCCCCGGGAAGUCGGACAGUGAAAUAUUCGAUUUAAUUUCAAUCCCGUCACCAGUUAUGAGCCGCGCCAACAUCCCCCGCUCCUACACAAAACGACACAGCUUUGCAGCGGAAGCUUCAAAUCCUGAACUGUCGAUUACAGAGCUUCUCGACCGCCUAUCAAAUCGAAGCAUGAACACCCUCACAGAGCUCUGCAGACUGGAGAGAAUAGCUAUGAGCUAUGGUAUUCGACAGCAUUCUACUACAUUACAGAAACCACUAGCUCUUGCUUGGAUUCACCACGUCACGAGCAACCAACUGCUGUCGGAGCUGCGUGGCCUUACGACAAAGUACCCCUUUAGCGCCGAUCUUCUGCACGAGGCCCAUCUUCGUGUCCGCGCCGAUUCCAAUAACAGCAGCAGUUGGAACCUUGCUUGGCUAUGCCUUACAAAUAUACGGGACCAUGGUCUUGUGUCCAUGUAUGCUGCAUUGGAAGCUCGGCGCCCAGAGAUGUGGGCUGGCUUCCGACCCUCUGCAGACGAAGUCGCCCAACUGAAAGCUUGCUUUGAGGUAGAGUGGAAUAUGGCCCUGGAUGUGAUGUUGAAGCAUUGGCAGUAUCCGCCAACAUGGUACUGA